AGCUGUGAAUUGUAGCAGUUUUUUGACAAUCGACGAAAUGUGCCCGAGGGCCCAACGCGUGGCUCUUUCAACUUGGUAGACUUUACGAUCGCCGAGCGUGCAUAAUCGUUAUCAGUGCUUUUCGAGUAUUUUCGAACGCUUCGAGACACGACAAUUAAGCGAGUUUUUAGUUCUUCGUCCUGUGAAUUUGCUCAAGUACCUUUUUUCUCUUAUAAAAGACGAGAGUGCGCGAAUCAACUCCACGAUCUCAUUGAAUCUGGCAGCAAUAUGAGCUGUGAAACAGUUGGCAAUUAUCGAAUGAUGAAUCUGUAUCAUCAGUUGUACGACUCGCCCGUCAGCGUCGCCGGCGUGGAUCAGCGGUCGAGCGACGAUUCCGGAUGCGAACGAGAACAACAACGUAUUUUCGGCGAAAAUAAGGAACAACAGCAACAGCAGCAACACAGUUUCGGAGCUGAAAACGGCGGCCUAGAAGUUGCAGUAGCUGCAACCCAAGAUGAUGUGCAACAACAGCAGCAGCAGCAGCUCGGCAGCGCGGCAACGAGCAAUGCAUCGGCGCCACCGUCUCUACACGUGGGCGUGGCUUACGAGGGGGCGGGCCUCGCUCGAGAGCCAGUAAAAAAUGGCGCAAGUCCCGUUUCUACUGUCGGUGUCGAUGCUGCUGCCAACGCCGUGAGCGUUUUAACUGCUACCGACGAAGCCAACAGCCAACAACAGUUCGACAUAGCCGAGUCAAAGGAGCACAUCGGUGCACAGCAACAGCAGCAGCAGCAGCAUCAGACUUACGAAGCUUACGAGUCGGAAAGUGCAGAGCAGCCGGACGAUCGAAUUUACCGAACUUACAACGAGCUGCAAAAUCGACCCCUAGAGGACCGGUACUACACAGUCGAUGAGGGAUUAGGUGCUGACGAAAGCCAAACGAAAAGAUUAAUUAUCGAAGAGCUGCAAGAUCAUCGACAUUCGAGCUUGCAGCAUCAUCAGUAUCAUCAUCAUCAUCAUCAUCAUCAUCAUCAUCAUCAGUUAGAAUCAUACGAUCAGCGAGCGCAAAACGAUCGAGCGCUGGAAAAUCUUAACGCAUUCGGAGAGAGACAGAGCGAUGCUUCCGUGAUUUUGAGCUUGCCCCUCGCCCCCCACCAUCAUCACCAGCAAAACGAUCAGCAUCGCAGCAGCAGCAGCAGUGGCGACGACAGCCGCAGCAGCAGCAUUAGUACUUCAGAGAAACGCGAGAGCAGCGAGUCUCGUUGCCUAGAGAAGGGGGACUCAUCAGAAAAACAGUCUCGACAUCAUCAGAAUCGAUUUGGCUGCGACGGAGGCCGGAGCAACAGCAACAGCAGCAGCAGAAGCAACAGCAACGGUAACAGCAACAGCGCUUACAUGCCUUCAGUCGCGAUGCAGAUGCGCUACCCUAACGAGGCGCUCCAGAGCCAGCACCACUUGCAGCAGCCACAGUCGCAGCAGCAGCAGCAACAAGCCGACGAGGUCGACGACAGAACGAGGAUGCGGGGCCACGUCGAGUACAUGCUCUACUCGGCUCCUCAGCCUCAGCAGCAGCAGCAGCCGCAGCAGCAGCAGCAGCAGCAACACGAGCAGGAAACCGCGUAUUUGCAUCUGCGUUCAGCGGACGAUGUCUCGCCGACGCCGGUGCACCCGAGCCACAGCCCCGGCUCGAGUCGGAGUCCUCACACCGAGGAUCAACUGCAACAGCAGCAACAGCAGCAGCAACAGGAGAUGUCCUCGCCGCACUCGUCGCACAGGUACUCAUCGGACGCGUACAGUCCCGGUGCAGUGGUCCAGCCGGAGCAGCAGCAGCAGCAGACGCGCUUCCAGCCGAACUUCACGCACUUGACGUCGGUGCAGAGCAUCGGGCCGGCAGCGGCCCAUCUGAGUGCCAGCGCCGCCGCGGUCGGUGCCGACGAGCGAAUACACCCCGAGUACUACCUCGACUACAUGCACCAGGUCCAGGCAGCGGCUGCUCAACAGCAGCAACACUUGCAACAGCAGCAGCAGCAACACCAUGAGUCACUGCCCAGCCCGGCGCCAUCGCACUCGCCCGUAUCCAGCCCGUCGCUGUAUAGAAUGACAGGUGUAGGUAACGCGGCUACUACGCCAGUAUACAGCAUGUACAUGAACAACGAAAUUCAAGCCCAGCAACAGCUUUGGUCGAAUCAAGGUCUGAGCGCCGGACUACCCUCGAUAACGAGCGAAGAUUACAGCAACGUGAAGACGACGGCCCCGGUCAGUAGCCACGGGACGACGUUACCCGCCUUCUCGCAGCCCUACGGCGGCAAAUUCUCGCGCUACACCCCGUACCACCUGGGGGCGGCGAGCGACGUCGCGGGAUGGAGCACGAACACGAGCUACAUCGGUGCCGGGAGCGCGAGCAGCGUCGCUGCGGCGGCGGCCCUCGAGCAGACCGGUCUGGCCUCGCAGUACUCGACGACGGUGGCGGCGGUCAACGCGUCCGAGGCCAUCGUCAGCUCGACGAGCAGGCGGCAGUCGAGCCAGCAGCAGCAACAAUCCAACCCGGCCACGACGCAACACCAGUUGAGCGCGUCGAGCAGCCUCUCAGCCAUGCACAACAUCGAUGCUGAGUACUUUACGGAGGGCCGUGAGUGCGUAAAUUGCGGAGCGGUUCAUACUCCGCUUUGGCGAAGAGACGGCACCGGCCAUUAUCUCUGCAAUGCUUGCGGCCUUUACCACAAGAUGAACGGCAUGAAUCGGCCAUUGGUUAAGCAAUCACGGCGAAUGACGGCAGCUAGACGCUCUGGACUAUCGUGCAGCAACUGCGCGACAAAGACAACAUCGUUGUGGCGACGCAACGCCCAGGGGGAUUCAGUUUGCAACGCUUGCGGACUUUAUUUCAAACUGCACAACAUUAAUAGACCUUUGACGAUGAAGAAGGACUCCAUUCAGACGCGCAAACGUAAACCGAAAAAUAUGAAAUUGACAGACACGCCAAUAUCAGGACCUGCACCUUGUGUCAAUCAUAACAACAAUACUAUCAGCAGCAAUAACAAUAACACUCAUAUCAAGAUGGAUCCUGAAAACUACAGCGACAUGCGUUUAGUCCCACAAACGACAUAUAACCCAGGUUUAUACAGCAUGUCCAACAUUUACUACGAUGUGAACGCACAACACCAGCCUCAACAGCAGCAGCAGCAGCAACACUCGCCUCAUCAUCACCAUCAUCAGCAUCAGCAACACCAACAACAACAAGGUCACAUUCUGAGCGAAAGUCACAAUCACCACUCGCCUAAGAUCGAAUGCCCGUCGCCUCCAGGCCCAACACGAUCACCCGUCCUAGUAACAGCUUAAUUAGUGAUUAGUGAUCUUCCUUGUAAUUAGUUACAUAUGUAAAUAUUUUUAAAUAUUAGGAGUAGAUUAUAAAAAUCAGUUACAAAUAUUCAUUUUUUUUUUACUAUUAAAAUUGUAGACCCAUUUGAUUGCUAAUAGAGCGAGAAUCAUUUUUAGUUUUAAGUUGUACAGUUUUCAUAAUAAAAAAAAUUAUUAUUAUAUAAGUAAGUAAUAGAAAUUCUGGUGAAAAAUUAGCUUGUAGCAAAAUUUUCCAUUAUGUAUUUAUUACUUAAAAUACAUAUAAAAAGUUACAGUUAUAAAUAGAUUCGAUAAACCAUCUUGAUAUGAAUUUAUCAAAUUUACAUUAUUAUAUAUUUUGUUGUUAGUGAAAAUUUAAUUGGAAAUGUUAGUAUUUAUUUAGCAAUGAUGCAUGUAAGACUUACUGUUCGCGGUAUUUGCGCAUUUUUUGAACAGAGAAUGAAACAACUUAUAAUUAGUGAACGUAAAAAUAAUGCAAACUGAUGAAUCAAAUUCUAUCAAUUUGCAGCUUUUUCUUUUUAAAUUAAAAAUGAAAAAGAACCUUAUUGGAAAAUUUAAAAAAAUUGUGAGGGAAUUAUAAUAGGUAGAAAAUGACUUCUUUUUUAAAUACAAAAUGUUAUUAUAUUGCAAGUUAUUGAAUUGUUUUUAUUGUGUAAUAAACAUUCUGAAUAGUAAAAAUUAAUCUUUCUUUUUAUUAUCAGAUUUAUAUUUUAUCAUAUUAUAUGGUCAAUUAAACAAUGCAAUAACUAAAAAUGUUACAAAAAAGCCUCGUAUAAAAGAACUUAUUCUCAUAUGUACAUUAAUUACAAAUCUUGUAAUGAUUAAAACGAGUAAGGGGAUAAGUGAAAGUUGUUUAUGUCUCAUUAGCACGUAAUUCUCACCAUAACGUACUAUUAUUUUUCAACAAGAUCUAUUAAAGAAAACAUCAAAAUAAACAAAAUUAAAAAAUAUA